AGGGGAGGGAAAACCCCAAAACGCCCCCCGAAAACUCCCCCCGAUUCUCCCCCCAAGAAACCUCCGGGCCCCCCCCAACAUGGCGGCGACCGCGGGGGGCGGGGCCUCGCCGGGGGGCGGGGCCUCGCUGGAGGAGGAGUGCGAGGUUGUGCGCGUGCGCGUCAAGAAGAGCGAGGGGCAGCAGCCCCCCGAGUUCCGCUCCUUCGCCGUGGACCCCCAGAUCACGUCGCUGGACGUGCUGCAGCACAUCCUGGCCCGCGCCUUCGACCUGCAGGGGAAGAAAAGCUUCUCGCUGAGCUUCGCCGCCCGGGACGGGCAGGGCCAGGACACCUUUGUGCCCCUGCUGAGCGACAGUGACCUGGUGACAGCGUUCACCUGGGCCAGGCCCACCCUCAGGCUGCGGCUGGACGUCAGGAACCCACCUGACAGCCCGCUGCUGGAGGACUGGGACAUCAUCAGCCCGCGGGAGGUGGCGGCGGCCGAGCCGGUGCCGGAGCGUCGGUCGCUGCUGGCGGCGGCUCUGCCCUUCACACAGGCCCUGCUGGCACAGGUUGGGCCGGACCUGGCUCGGGCCCAGGCGGCUCUGGCGUGGCCCGAGGGGUCCCCGGUGCCCCCGUCCCCCCCGCCUCGCGCCCUGAGCGACGCCGACCUGCGCUCCUACCUGGGCCCGGGGGGGCGGCUGCUGCGGCCCCACGACCUGCGGCUGCACGUCUUCCAUGGGGGCGUCGAGCCCGGCCUGCGCAAGGUGGUGUGGCGUUACCUGCUGAACGUGUUCCCGGCGGGGCUGUCGGGCCAGGAGCGGCUGUGCCACCUGCGCGCCAAGGCUGCCGAGUACGCGGGGCUGCGCUCGGCCCUGCUCGCCCGCGCGGCGCCCGCCGAGCUGGCGCAGGUGUGCGCGGCCGUGCGCAAGGACGUGGUGCGCACCGACCGCGCCCACCCCUACUUCGGGGGGCCCGAGGAGGGGCACCCCCACCUGCGGGCGCUGCAGGAGCUGCUCACCACCUUCGCCCUGGCGCACCCGCGCCUCUCCUACUGCCAGGGCAUGUCGGACGUGGCGGCGCCGCUGCUGGCCGUGCUGGACGACGAGGCCCAGGCCUACCUGUGCUUCUGCGCCCUCAUGCGCCGCCUGGGCCCGCGCUUCCGCCCCGGCGGCCGCGGCCUGGCCGGCGCCUUCGCCCACCUGCGCCGCCUCCUGCGCCGCGCCGACCCCCCGUUCUGGGCCUUCCUGGCGGCGCGGGGGGCCCACGACCUGCUCUUCUGCUACCGCUGGCUGCUGCUCGAGCUCAAGCGCGAGUUCGCCUUCGAGGACGCGCUGCGGGUGCUCGAGGUCACCUGGAGCUCGCUGCCCCCCGCCCCGCCGCCGCCCCGAGGGUCCCGCUCCUGGGGCCCCGCUGUGCCCGCCGGGCACGCCGAGCCCUCCGCGAGCGCCGGGGGCUGCGGCCCAGACCGCCCCGGCGGCGCCGGCGGCGAUGCCAGAGCGGGAGGAGGUCCCAAGGACAUCCAGAAGGAUCUCAAAAGCUCCAGCGAUGUCCAGGGGGAUCCCAAGAGCUCAAGUGACAUCCCUGAGGGUCCCAAGGACAUCCAAGAGGGUCCCAAGAGCUCUGGUGACAGCCCUGAAGGUCCCAAGAGCUUCGGAAGGUCGAGGAAGGCACCGACGCCCUCGAGAUCGACCAACAGCCCAAAUUCUCAGGGGGGAGUGGGGAAGAACCCGGAGAGGGACGUGGUGACUUCAGAGAGGGACGUGGUGACCUCAGAGAAGGACGUGGUGACCCCAGGAAGAGACACAAAGACUCCAGAGAGGGACACGAUGACCUCGGGCAACGUGAUGACCCCAAAGAGGGACUCAGUGACCCCAAAGAUGGACACGGCCCCAGAGAGGGACACAACGACCCCAGAGAGGGACACGACGAUCCCAGAUGUGGACAUGACCCCAGAGAGGGACACAACGACCCCAGAGAGGGACACGACGAUCCCAGAUGUGGACAUGACCCCAGAGAGGGACACGACGAUCCCAGAUGUGGACAUGACCCCAGAGAGGGACACGGUGACCCCAGAGAGCGACACAGCCCCGGAGAGGGACACGGUGGCUUUAAAGAGGGACACGAUGACCUCGGACAACGUGACGGCCCCGGGAAGAGACACGAUGACCCCAAAGAUGGACGUGGGCACGGUGACCCCAAACAUGGACACAGUGACCCCAGAGAAGGAUACAGUGACCCCAGAGUUGGACAUGACCCCAGAGAGGACCGUGGUGACCCCAGAGAAGGACACAGCGACCCCAGAGAAGGACACGACCCCAGAGAGGACCGUGAGGGACACAACCACCCCAAAGUCGGACACAGCCCCAGAGAGGGACACAGUGACCCCAGAGAGGGACACAAUGACCCCAAAGUUGACACACGACCCCAGAGAGGACCGCGGUGACCCCCAAGAGGAAGGCGACGACCCUGCAGAGCUGCCCGACGACCCCGACGCCCGCCCCGACCCCACGGCCGAAGACCCCUGGGGCGGCCGCUGGGCCUGGGAGGACUCGGAUUCCUCCUCGUCCUCCUCCUCCUCCUCGUGCUCGUCGUCGUCGUCGUCGGACGAGGAGCUGGGGGUGGAGGACGACGGGGCGCCGCUGCCGCCGCCGGAGGAGCUGGGCCAGGGCAACCCCUUCCUGCUGUUCGUGUGCCUGGCCAUGCUGCUGGAGCAGCGCGACGCCGUCAUGGCGCGCGCCGGCGACUACAACGAGGUGGCCAUGCACUUCGACCGCCUCGUGCGCCGCCACCACCUGCCCCGCGUGCUGCGCCGCGCCAAGGGGCUCUUCGCCAGCUACCUCGAGGGCUGGGGAGGCGCCCCGGCCCCCGCGGUGCCGCCGCCGCCGCCGUAACGGGGAGCGCCGAGAGUGAGCCCCGAGGGCACCACGGGGAGAUUGAGGGCACCACGGGGAGGUCAAGGUCAUCAUGAGGAGCCCGAGGAUGCCACGGGGAAGUCAAGGUCAUCAUGAGGAGCCCGAGGAUGCCACGGGGAGGUCAAGGUCAUCAUGAGGAGCCUGAGGACACCAUGAGGAGGUCACGGUCAUCAGGAGGAGCCCGAGGAUGCCACGAGGAGGUCAAGGUCACCACAAGGAGCUCGAGGUCAUCAUGAGGAGGUCAAGGUCAUCAGGAGGAACCCGAGGAUACCAUGGGGAGGUCAAGGUCAUCAGGAGAAGCCCAAGGACACCAGGGGGAGGUCAAGGUCAUCAGGAGGAGCCCAAGGACACCAGGAGGAACUCAAGGUCACCACAAGGAGCUCGAGGUCAUCAUGAGGAGCCCAAGGACACCACGAGGAACUUGGGGACACCACGGGGAGGUCAAGGUCAUCACGAGGAGCUCGAGGUCUUCACGAGGAGCUCGAGGUUGUUGUGAGGAGCUCCAGGUCAUCACGAGGAGCUCGAAGUCAUUGUGAGGAGCUCGAGGCCACCAGAAAGAACUGAAGGUCGCCGUGGGGAGCUCGAGGGCGCCACAGGGAGGUCAAGGUCAUCGUGGGGAGAUCGAGGUCAUCGUGGGGAGCUCGAGGCCACCACGGGGAGGUUAAGGUCGUCAUGAGGAGCCCAAGGACACCACAGGGAACUCAAGGACAUUGGGAGGAGCUCGAGGCCACCAUGGAGAAGAUUAUUGUGAGGGGAUCAAGGACACCACAGGGAGCUCAAGGUCAUCAUGAGGGGCCCGAGGCCACCAAAGGAAGGUUAAGGUCACCAUGAGGAGCUCGAGGUCAUCGUGAGGAGCUCGAGGUCAUCGUGAGGGGGUCAAGGUCAUCAUGAGGAGC